UCUGACUCUGCUACACCACAGGCAAGGACAGGGAGAUGCAGGAGGACAAACACACAGCAUGUCACUGCUGCAGGAAAAGCUGAACCUGGAGACUUUAUACUCAUCCCACAGACGCAGGAGCCUGUGAAGGUUGCCAUGGAUGACUUAGACCACAGUGUGCACAUAGCRGAGCGUGACUGGGACAGCUUCUAUAAGGAGAGUGAGGAAUGCUCCCUGCCACAGCCCGAGCUYGCAAGCUCAGACGACUUGGUCCUCAGUGAUGAGGAACCAGAGGAUUCUGUGUGUCCAGUGUUUCCGGCCUUAGGCAAUGUCCAAGAUGACCCCCGGCAGCAGAAUGCAGCUCCAAACACUGCCAUCCCAUCUGAACCCAGUGUUAAGGAAGAGGCUACCCUCAGAGAGGAUUUCAUCUGUACAGACCUGCCUGUAAAGAUUUGUGAGAGUGGCUCUGAAGAAACACAACUAAAUGAUCCAUUGAGCUUAACUGAGGAAGAGGGUGGUGCUCUCUUGGACAGGGUCUUUGACAACUCCCCCCAUGCACAGAAAGAAUCAGAUUCUGGCUACUAUGGAGAAAACAGAGAAUCUGGCUACUUUGAAGAAAACAGCCUCACCACAGAGUUGGUAAAAGAAACCCCAGGAGAGACUGCUGAGCAGAACACAGAAGAGACCUCUAGAAACCAGGACGUAACAAAAAAUCUGGGUUCAGUUCCAGAAUCUUCUAGCAACACGUGCAUAGCUMACAGUGACCCCUCUGGGGCCUGUGAUGUCUCAGAUAUCAAAGGAUUCGACAGAGAGCUGCCAAGAGAAGGUGGCACUGGUACAUUACAUGACAUCUUAACACCCCUCUCCCUACAGCCUGUUCCACUGCCACCCCAAGACCUGUAUCCAGGCCAAAAUAUCAGCCAGSAGCAGCUGUUGUGCCACACAGAAACAGCUAUAUUAUGCGAGAGACACGCCAGAGUGGCGCCAAGGGAAGAAAAAGAGCGCUGGUUUGUGACCGUGAACGAAAGUCCAGCGCCUCACAGAGUGCAUGCUGCCACYGCGGUGAGAAAAAAACGAAGAAAAAAAAAAACUUGUAGGAAUUCAGUCCCACGGGGCCACCACACCUCAGAGGGGCCAGACCCUCCCCCUGAGAGUGAGUCAGAGAUAGAUAUAGACGUAAUGGAGGAAUCUAACGGACAGGAGACCAUGAAUGAGUUUAGUACCCAGUCAUGCAAUAAGUCAAAACCACUGCCAGACACACACACGUUGCCAAAUAAUUUUCGUAGAGAAGUCCAUAUAGAGUUKCCCAAAAUAAAUGUAAGCUAUUCAGAGUUACCCCCUCUCUUUUCAGCAUUAAGCUCUUCAUCAUCAUUCAGUGAAGAAGUGAAUGUUUCUACAGAGUCGCCCCUUCAGAGGGAUGACUCUACCGAGGCGCUCGACCCAGAGUCAUCUAUAGAAGAAAACAAACAGGAAAAUUACAGCUCAGCCGUUGGCUUAAAAAGGUCAGUAGACCAUCCAUUAUCCAAACUACAACACCUAUUAUUUGCACUUCACCGCUCUGAGUCUGUGUACUCGAAUGAGGAAGGGGAACUAUUUUACACCACCAGCACCAGCUAUGAUUCUGAAGAGUAUGUCUCAGCCACAGAAAUGGAGGAUACUAACACACCUUCCAGUGAGAUAGAUUCCACUCUCUCCGCYUCUCUUUCCCUACAAACCCACACUGCUAAUUCACAGCCACUAAUUCAGGAAGACUGUCUAAAUUGCCCCUUGUUGUCACAACGUGAAGGUUAUGAAAACACAGCUGACCAGGCUUACAUCGAGUCUGUCAGAACAUGUCCCUCCACUGGUCACAGUAACAGUAACCCUAUAAUGUCAGAGGAAAGCUCAGUGCCGGCUGAUUCAAACCCCAGCCCUGACUCCCACAUGACUAAUGAGACACCAGCACACAGAGUUGGUAAGCCACUUACAGUCUGGGAACAUUCACCACAGACGAACACUUCAGAAGAUCAACCUCCUCUUCCUCUUCCCGAAGUAACAGUGACACCAACAGAAAACCCUGAAACAUCGUAUAAUGCAUCAGACCCCACUCGCCCAGUGUAUGCCAUCUCUGCUUUUUGGGAUGAAAUGGAAAAAUUGACGAUUAAAGACAUCUUGCACCUCAGGGUAUGCAGAAGCCCAUCUCCCCCGAAGGAGACCCUCCAUCCUCAGGAAUCUGACAGUGCACGUGUUGAUGUCACAGUCACAGACGCAGACAUGCUGAACAGUUCCCUGACUGAUAUUGAGGAAUACUAUUCACAAGACAGCUCACUAAUGGACACUUCCGAUACUGCAGACUCUGACUAUUUCACACACAACGAUGACUCCCCCAAGCCAGACCGCUCGAGUUGCGAGUUCUCUACCUUCUCCGAUUUUGACGAAGAGUACAUGCCAUUUUUCGGCACUAGCUCAAUCCCCAGCCCUGAGCUUGGGAACUUCGAACGGAGAAGAUCAGAGUCUCCCUGCUCAGGAGCCAUCUCACAGGAGGAUGAAACAGACUCCAGUACUGGCCUGGCCACUCCUGUUGACUGUGAGGAGCUUGCAGCACUAUCCUCCUCCUCUGAAAACAGCAUCCCCAACGAAGACAGCAUCUCCAACACCAGCCUCCUCCCAGAAGCUACAUGCCUGAAAAGGAUCAGGAAGAGCAGAAGCAUGCUCAACAUUGUGCAAGAUCUGGAGGUAGCUCAAGUAGAGACGCAGCUGAAAGACAUGCACAAUGCCCAAGCUCUGGAUGUCGAGAAGCAACUGAAAGACAUGUGCAAUGYACAAGCAGCUCUGGAGGUCGACAUGCAGCUGAAAGACGUGCACAAUGUACAAGCUCUGGUGGCAGAGAUGCAGCUAAAGGACGUGCCCAUUGUACAAGGUCUGGAUAUAGAGAUGAGGCCAAAAGACAUGUGCAAUGCCCAAACUCUGGAGGUCGAGAUGGAGCUAAAGGACAUGCUCGAGGAAGCCGAAAAGAGCUUAUUUCUCAACAGCUGUCAGGACUUAGACAUUGCGGAGAAUCCUGUUCUUGCAGUGAUUGAUAGAAUCAGCCGAAUGCCCUUCCCAAUUCUACCCAAUACAGACAUACUGGACGAGCGCUACAGAAUCACCUUUCCAGAACUAUACGAGUACCUGUUCACAGAGGAUGUCCUCUCUGUCUACGAGUCCCUUAUGUCUACGUCAGUGGCUGAGUGCUGUUAUGAGUACUCUCUCUCUAAGUACGGAGCUGGAGUGUUAUUCCCUCCCCUGGUCCAGCAGUCCCUGCAUGGUGAAGGAGAACCAGUCCCCAUCUUCUCCUGCUCUCGCUCGGCUGCACGAGACCUCAGGUCCCCCGAACUGGAAGAUUUUCUCUUCCCACAACAAGACACAUAUCUCGAAUCCGAGGAGGAUGACUGCUCCCCUAUCCGAGUGGUGACUCGCUCCGACAUCCAGGCCAAAGAGGCUGCGUCCUUCUCCUCGUCCGCUUCUGCAGUCCCAGAUGGUUACCCACCAAACACCCACUUCUACAGCCAGAGAGGCUGGACAGGGAACUGGAAGAGCCUGCUCUCCCUGAGGAGGAUCCGCUUCCCAGGAAUGGGCAGCACUAGCAGUAGCUGGUGCUGGAGGUCYGGUGCCUGGAUGUCUCCAGCUGUGGGUCAGGCUCAGAGGGCUUUGCCCCYUCCCAUUACACCGAGCAGCCAAGCUGAUACAAUUGUCAAUGAGGCAACMAGGAUCUCCCCUCCUCCACCUGAGGUCAUUCAACUCGGACACCAGAUCUUCAGACAGCUUUCAGAGAAGCAGAGACGAUUCAAAAGCCUACAGACAACCGUCUCAGUGUCAAAGAAAGAUGGCAUCCUCUUCUCACUGAAGCAGUCUGACAUGUGUCUGGUCUGUAUUGCCUUUGCCUCCUGGGUACUGAGGUCAGCAGAUCCAAUGGCUGCAGAUACAUGGAAAGCAGCUCUGCUGGCAAAUGUGAGUGCCAUAUCUGCCAUCCAGUAUCUUCGGCGCUACGUGGUGAAGAGAAGGGAAGCUGGAGAUCUGAAUGAUUCAACUGMAGAUAAGGCAUGAUAUAUAGCUAUUGCUUCUAGAGAACCCUUUCCAGACAUUUUAACUUGGGUCCAUAGGAGUGUCAUAAGAGUUUCAUACAACGUAGAAACACGAACAACCAUUUAGAGUUGAAGUCGGAAGUUUACAUACACCUCAGCCAAAUACAUUUAAACUCAGUUUUCACAAUUUCUGACAUUU